CACCGUAGGAAAACCUAAUUUCUCUUCCGUGGUUCCAUCUGUGGCCGGGUCCCCUCUCUUCAUCGUGGACAAUCGGCGCUCUGAGAUUUCUCUAACGUCUAUCCGGCUUUCACUCUUUUCCUAUUCAAUAGUCGCUCCUCUCAGGUGGUUUAACUUGUAAUGUUGUGAGUGGAAAUUUCCAAUCGAAGUUAAAAACAUGCACUCUGCAGAAGCCAAGAGUGUAGCUUAUCUACGGACUGUUAUGUGUUAUAUCCUCUGUUCUAAAAAUCGUUCUAUGCGUCCGACUAGUCCCCCUAGGCGCUAGGUGGUGGUCGGGCGCCCCGAUUUUUGUCUAGGUGUUCCGACUAAUUGGUUUGCCGUCUAGGGGAAUUAGUUGGCUGCCUAUGGCUCCUAGUUGCCUGCCCAGUUCGCCUAAUCGGCCGUGUAGACCGUCUAGAUUCGUCAAACAUUACUUUACAUUUUAGUUUUAAUUUUCUAAAAGAUAUACGUACUUUAGCUUUAGCCAUAGAUAUAAAGAAAUGAAGUUGUAAAUUAAGACAAAACUAUAUAUGUUUCUAUUUAUACCUAAAUUUCAUCAUUAUAUAUAUUUAUAACAUAAUAAUGAAGUUAAGUGAUUACUUAUCAUAUACUACGUAUGAUUAAAUGUGAUAAUUCUAUCAUUCAGGUUUGUUAAGGUAUAUGUAUAUAUGUAUUUUAUACACUCAAAAAUACAAUAUUGCUUAUUAUAUUUAUGCAAAAAUAUAGAUAAAAAUGCAUUUUCUUUGUCUUCGACUAGUCCCCGCCUCGGCACCCGCCUAGGCGCUAGGCGCUGGGCUGGCGUCCGACUAGCACCUAUGGCCAGUUGUAGAAUGGUAGUUAUUGUGUAACUACUGACAAUGUAAACAACUUUUUCACUUGAUAUAUCUGGAAUUUUGCAGUUGAAAAUCUGCCACUUGAGUCGGAUGAUUUACCUUGCGUGGGAACAGUUGGGGAACAGACCAUCCCCUUUCUAUUGAUACAAAUAUUGCAAUAUACUAAACUAUACAAGUCAGGAAAGACCAACCUAAGAUUCUCGCCAUCUCCUUCGCACGAAUAAUCUUAUCUAAUCUUGUUUUCAAUAUAAUGUCUAGUUGUCGUCGUAGGACAACAGUAACAAGUGAACUGCCUCAAGAGGUAAAGGAAAGAAUACUGGAGUGCAUGUCCACUCGAGAUGCCGCCAGAAGUUCUCUCCUCUCAACUCAGUGGAGGGAAGCUUGGUACCGCCAAGGUCAACUCUUCUUUGAUUCGGCCUUCUUCAGAUCCCUCGAAAACAUGAGCAAUUCUGACAAUGAUAGCUUGUCUAUUGUGAGCAUAAUAAACAACAUUCUCAUUCUCCGGGCUGGACCUCUUAAAAAGUUUAAGUUACAGAUGUAUUACAAUUCUAACCCCCUGCUGCCAAAGCAAUCUGAUUUGGACCGGUGGUGUCUUUAUAUGUCUAGAAACAGCAUUGAAGAGCUUGACCUCUCUAUGAGUCAUUCCGGACCAAAAUAUAAGGUUCCAUCAUGUCUAGUCUCAUGCAACACUAUCAAGAAACUGAAACUUGAUUAUUUCGAUUUCUACUUGCCGGUAGAUGCUUCGUGCAUAUUCCCCAGGCUCACGUACUUAGAUUUCCGCAGUGUUGAGUUCUUUAGGGGUAGUGAUAAAUUUGAUAAGAGGCUGGUCUUCAGUAUUCCGAAGCUUGAGAAGCUGGGUUUGUACAUGUGUUCUCAAAUCAAGAGUUUUGCCAUCAGCGCCCCAAAACUUAAAAGUUUGACCGAAGUUGGUUUUGAAUGUCCGGUUGGAAGCUCCAGAUUGCUCAAGCUUCAUUUGACCUCUAUUGUGACACUUAGAUUGUUGCUAUAUUAUUAUUCGGCUAGGGCUCUUGCGGUGGCCUCCUCAACCUUUCCAAUUGCAAUCAAUCUGCAAGAAAUCAUACUUGAUGCCUUCGAUUUUAGUUCAAAGGACCAUCUUACAUAUGCUGGCCAAUUGUUUAAGAAAUCCCCCAAGCUAUGUGUGCUGGAGAUUGAAUAUGUGGAACGUUCUCAAGUAGCUGAUCCAGCACUUUUGGAGGACCUUAUGGAAGCUGAUUUCAGGAUGCUUGAAACAGUGAAGCUUGACGGGUUCAGAGGAUCUGAAAUCGAACUAUGCCUUGUGAAAUUACUACUCUCUAAGUCGCCUGCACUGCACGAUGUUGUUAUUUAUGAAGCUCGUGAUAUCGAUUCUUCUAUGGCUUCUGAGGCCCCAAAGAAACUUCUGAGCUUUCCUCGUGCGUCUCCCAAAGCACAAAUUGUCUACAAAUGAGUACAUUUCCCAGUGUUAUGUUAAUAAAUUAUGGACUUGUGGGAAUAUCCUGACUGUAUGUUUUGCUAUAUAAUAAGGAGUUUUAUAAUCAUGAAAACCAAUGGUUGCAUGAUUAAGAGUUUGAGAGUAUAUUAGUGUAUGUAGUUCUGUGUAGUUGUGUAUGUAGUCCCAAAACUUGUAAUAACCUUAAUGGUACCAUUUGUACAAUUCCAACUAUAAAUAAUCCGUAUAUCACAAGACAUCCGUUCAGAGAAUGUAUGUUCAUUUUUUAUGGUAUCGA